AUGACGAUGACGACAACACCAUUAGGGGAGGCAAAUUUGAAGGAAUUACCUUCAAGUAAAAAUUUUUACAGUAAAUUCCAGGGAAAUCUGAAUCCUUGUAAUGGUGAACCUUCGGUACAAGGAGUAAAGGAUUAUCUGGAGGAGAAUAUGCAUCUCCACGCUUAUGCAGAUGAUAUUAUAAGGGCCUGGUGUUAUAUAGCAGGAAUGAACCAGGGCAAUGCCUUUUAUAAGGAUCGUUGUAAUUUCUUAUAUUAUUGGAUAGGAAGUAAAAUACCUAAGGAGCAAGAAGGGGGUUCAUCAUUCUCCGACCUUAUGAACGAACUUUACACUGCAUUACGGGGACUGAAGGUUCAAAAUGGAUGUAACGUUAGGUCUACUGAUGACAUUAGCUGGGACCUCUUCAUGAAGAGGAAGAGAGUACAUGAUUUUACCCAUGAUUACGACACUAUACAAGAGCAGUUAGAAGGCCAUGAGCACAAUUGCGAUGAGGCAUAUUACCAGAACCUGCAGGCUAUUCUUACAGCUUAUAAUGCUAUACAUAAAGAUUGUGAAAAUAAGUCUAAUGAUGAGUACUGUGUGAAAUUUACAAGUGAGUAUGGAGAAUACAGUAAACAAAGGGAACUGAAAUUUGAGUCUAAGACGGAAUGUUUACGAGACCCCCCACAGGGAAUAAAAGGAAAUAGUUGCCCCUUAGAACAAGGAUCUGGGAAUGGUACUCAAAUAUACAAGAACGUCCUAUUGGAAUUUACUGCCAUAUCCACAGCACAUCAAGGAUCUUACACUAGUACAUCUAUCAUGGAAGACAAUAUCAUUACUGCGGUAUAUUCAGCAUUGGGACUAAUGGGAUUACCUACAAUCACUUUCCUGUUAUAUAAAGUAAGUAAUUAA